AUGCCAUUCUCAGCAAUAUCAAGACCAUUUAUACCUGAAUUGGAUGAAAAAAAGGUCAAAUCUCUGAUGAAAGUCCUGUCUGAUCCAGAGAAAUCCAAUACUGUUCCUCCAUUGGACAUAUUGUGGGUGAUAGGAUCAGAAGGUGGCAACUACUACUACUGCUUUGGAGGAUGUCAUAGAUACACUGCACACCAUAGGCUGAAUUCAGAGUUUGUAAGAGUGAAAUUGGUGCAAGUUACAAGGGAAGUAUUGAAGAAUUAUCUUGGUGGUAGUACUCCAGAGUUUAAGUAA